AUGCCCGACAUCCAACCGCUCGAUCCUAAUGUUCCUAAGGAUGAGGUAGAUCGCCUGUUUCGGAAGCUGAAGGAUACGCGGCUACCCCAGAUCCCCGUUGUGCCAGGUGCCGGCGACAAGUAUGGACCUUCGCUUGAAUGGAUCAAUAAGCUGUACAACUACUGGCUGAACGACUUCUCUUGGUCAAAGGCACAGGAGCAAAUAUCUGAAUGGCAUCAUUUCACAACAGAGAUAGAAAAUCUCAACGUCCAUUUCGUCCACGAGAAGGCUAGAGUGUGCAAGGAAAAGGCGAUACCGCUGCUCCUGGUUCACGGGUGGCCAGGAACGUUUUUCGAGUAUGUUCCCCAGUCCUAUGAAGACAUGUUCCAGAAUGUGAUGCAUCCUCUGCUCGAGCCUUCGAGUGCGGAUCAGCCGUCUUUCCACCUCGUUGUCCCUUCUCUACCUGGUUUCUGCUGGUCUCAAGGACCUCCUUCAGUGAAAUGGACACUGCAGGACACCGCGCGUAUAUACGACCAGUUGAUGAAGCGUCUCGGCUAUAAGAGUUAUGUUGCACAAGCAGGUGACUGGGGCCACUGGGUGGUGCGUGAACUCGGGACCGGCAGAUACGAUGCGUGCAAGGCGGUACACACCAACAUGUGCCCAGGGGCACCACCAAGGGGCACUGAGCUGAACCAGAAAGAGCAAGCAGCCAUGGACCGCGCACAAUGGUGGAUUGGGGAGCCGCUCAAGGAAGGCCACAUGGGUUACGCUAUCGAGAUGCGUACACGACCACAGACAAUCGGUGUAGCGUUCAACGACAAUCCUGUGGGCAUCAUGAUGUUCAUCGGCGAAAAGUACCAGGAGCUGGCGGAUCCGAACCUGAAGACGGCGACCCUGGAGAGCGAACAGUUUAACCACGAUCUCUGCGCGACGCUAUCGUUGUAUUUCUUUACACCUCCCUCAAUCAUGACGUCAAUGUUGUGCUACUACAAUAAUGUGCGGCACGAGGUGUACACUGAAUUCAAUGCAAAAGAAGAGAACCUCAUCCGGGUGCCUCUGGGCGUGAGCACGUUUCCGUAUGAUGCAUUCCCAGUACCUAAAGCCGGAGCAGAAACGACAACUACCAAUCUACAGUUUUUCAAAGGUAAGAGGAUCGACGAGUGUGGUGAGGAGUAA